AUGGAUUCAGAUGUUCUCAAGGAGGCGGAAGAGCCCCAAACGCAGGAACCUGAAAUCAGCGAGGACAGCAAUACCGGUGAGGUCGUAGUUGCGAAUGGUGAGGACUUCGGAGAUGCUGAACACUUGGCCGAAGUCAUCUUAGUAACGACGUCAUUAGGAGGAAUGAAACAGCAGUUCUUCCAGUCAAAGAUGGCACAGCACAUCCUGGACUGCAAGGGGCUUGUCUACUAUCUUGUGGAUGCCAACCGCGAUUUCACUCGCGCUGCUGUCCUCAAGGACCAUCUACUUUACGAACAGUGGAGUACCGAGGGCGUACUUACUAGCGAAGACGUCGGUGAUCGCAAGUCGGUCACUCUUCCUCAACUGAUCGUCGAUGGUGUUUCCGUAGGAUCCACCAAGGAGAUUCAGGAUCUGGAAGAUGAUGGAGACCUAGACUACAUCAUAGCACGCAUGAUUUGCCCUAAAUGUUCUGCAACUAAACCACAGGACGCACUGCAGUGUCCACACUGCAAUGCACAGUACAGGAUGCUAAUACCGAUGGACUACCGGGAUGGUGUAGACAUCCAACGAUUGUGUCAAGGCGUACCAAUCGUAGCUGAAGAAGAGUAA